AUGGUUUACAUCAUGGAAAUCUAUACCGACGGUGGCUGUAGAGGCAAUGGACAACCGGGAGCAAUAGGUGCCGCUGCCGCUGCUUUCAAGAAAAGAAAUGGAACGUACGAUGCAUGGACAACAUCGUUACCCCGAUAUCCGCCACCCACAAACCAGCGGGCCGAAGUCAAAGCCAUCAUCGUGGCCCUGGAGCAAGCCCUGGAAAAGUUUGAAGAGCUAGACACAAAUCCAUAUCUAAAUGUCAAGAUCUAUUCGGAUUCCAGAUAUGCGAUUAACUUGAGAAUGGCCGCCAAGAUUCAAGCUGAAGAAGACGAAUGA